AGAGCCGAGAGCAGCGCUUGCAGCCCAGCUCUCUGUCAUUUAGGCUCUGCUGUGCGCGAAACAAUUGCAUUUUUGAAGCACUUGAACUUCGCAGUCGAGCCGCAAACCUUGAGCAAUGCCUGCACGCUGACCAGGGAGAGCAGCAGCAGUGGGUGAGAUGUUACAUGCAAGGCUAGGCGCGAGACGAAUCCUACCGCGUCUGUGGUCAAGCACCGCGACGCCGCCGCCGCAACCAGCCGUGUCCAUCUUAAGGCUGGGCGCGCGACGGAUCCUACCGCGGCGGUGGUCAAGCACCGCGGCGACGACGACGCAACCACCACAACCGGCCGUGCCCGUCCACGCGCGCUAUUUAGCAAGGACGAUCGACGUGUCGAAAUUCCAGGAGCACUUUAAUAUGAGGACGCAGACCUUUGAACGGGACUCCGUCAUGCUGACGAUCAACACUGAAGAACGAAGGGGUCAUGUGGUAGUGUUUAAUUAUGGUGCGGUCGUCUUCGUCAACGUGCCUCAGCAGCUAAGGGACUGGUGUUUGGACGCCUUCGCGCCCUUUUGCAACGACACGAUCCCCGACGGCUUCCAGCCCGUCGAGGACUACAAAAUGAAUGAAGGGGAGCAGGUGGAAAUUGGUUUUGACUCCGUAAAACUGCCGCAGUUGGAUGGGCACAAUCUGGCGGUCAUCGCGACCGUGCUCGCGCAGUCCGUAGCUUUAGAUCACUACGCGGCGAAGACGGACGCGAUGCUCGAAGCAUUUACACGGCUCAAUAGUUCGGUGGAGAGAACGGGCGUCUUCUCCGCACUCGAAAAAAGAUCCUUAUUUAGAUUGGUGGCGCUGAACAACACGCUGUUCACGGACGUCAUCGCCAAAAUUGGUAUACUGGAGCGCUCGAACACGGCGUGGAAGUACCUGCAGUACGCGGACGUGUGGGAGGGCUUACAAGACGAAUUCGAGAUCCGGGACCGCUUCUGGAAGAUCGAGUUCAAGCUCAAUUUGAUCCAGCAAAAUUCCAAGUUCUUCCUGGAAGUGCUGGCGACGGACAAGUCGAAUACGUUGGAGUGGAUCAUCAUCGCUUUGAUCUCGAUUGAAAUUGUCGUCAUGGGCGUCGAGAUCGCGCGGGGGAUCUGAGACGCCGUCGCCGCGGCGCUUGCUCGGUAGCGUGGAGGGAGGCCAGCACGGCACCUGAACGACGCCAUCGCCGCGACGAGAGAAGGUA